AUGGCGGCUGGGCGCGGGCAGUUUUUCCAGAGUUUUUUAAAGGGUUUAGAGAGGAAGCCUGGCAAACCGGCCCCAGAUAGACGACAGCCGGGUCCUGGCAGGGGAAAACUGGCUACGGAGGGUUGUCUGACCGCCGGGAAGAGGAGUGAGACACGGCGGAAAGCAGUGCUAGCACCGCGGCUGAGGAGAACCAAAUCCAGGUUGCCGUUUGAGAUUCUGACUAAGAUCCUCUCAUACCUCGAUGCUCCCUCACUGUUCUGCGUCAGUCACGUCAGCAAACUCUUUUACCAACUCGCUAACGAUGAGGUAAUAUGGCACAAGAUUUACCUGUCAGAGUUUGGGAAGAAUCAAAUGUGGUUGUCAAAACUGGUAGAUGAUACAGCACAUAGAGUCAAGCAGGUGGAAACAGAGAAUCAGAGAUCAUUUGGUCAGUGGAAGAAGAUGUACUUCAAGACUCUGGCAGGACAGGAAGUGAACAAGUGGAGGAGACAGUUGAGAGACAUCAGCCCGUACACUGGUCUGCCCACACAGACAGAGUGGGUCCUCAGGAAUCUGAAUGUGAGCUGGGAACUGAUGGUGUGUGACCGUUUUGGCCGUAAGGUUACACUGGAGCAGACCAGAGUGUACUACUUUGAAACAUCUGUGAUUGUCUGCUGGAGCAACAGCAGCCUCCCCAGACAUCACCACACCACCAGAAUCCAGCUGCACGGAGUCAGGAAGGGGACGCUUGGGAACCCCAGAGCCAAUUGGCCCAACUGGCAUUCCUUAAUGCUGAAGUCGGACUUGAGCACUCACCCAUUUUACCUCAUUGGCAAGGACAGACUGAUCAAACUGGUGUUUCUGUCUCCAGGCUUCAUAAUUGGCAUCUCGAGGGGUCGGGAUACUUUGGCCUUCAUCAUGGUCUGCCUCCACUUCCAUAGACUGGUGGAAAAAAGUCUGCUGGGGUCUCCAGUGUGCCCAUACUCUGAGCCUAUAGACAGACCACUUGCAGACCACUCAGAUCCUGAAUAUGGUCUUCACGGCUACACUCUGCACUUUGUCCUGCACAACACUGGCACUCAGAUCAUGUCAGGAUACUUCCCUCAGCUCUCCUGUCGAGCAGUUCAGAUUCGGAAUGGACUAGUGGAGCUGAAGGUCAUCAACAGGACUAAUGUCUGUCAGCACCGAACCCUGUCUGGAAACAUUAAGAUGCCAUGGAAAACUGAGGAGCUGAAGGGCUCAGUGGAGAACUGCUGCGUCAUGUCGCUGACCUUGCUUGACGAGUUCCAAACACCCUUCUGGUGUGUGAGCGCUCCUGUUUCCACCACGGUGGCAAAGAAGUGUCUGUCCUUCGACUACAGCGGGAAACACUUCCUGAUAGAGUACAGAGACGAAGAUGGUCAUGUAAAGAUGAUGCUGGUGUGGCUGGAGGAGGAGCGGCAGUUCUUCCUCAUCAGCUUCACCAUCUACCUUUCUGUCAACAAAGUCAACAAGCACUUCAGCACCAACUACUGAAGCUGAAGGGGAAUGUUGCACAUUUAGGUUUAUUUGCAGAUCUGCGGAGUUUUCCGGGUAGAAGAAGACUUUGUAUGCAUUUUUGUUAACAUUUGAAAG